CUACAUGACUGCCACUACAUAGGGGUUCGAGGACUCAGAGCGAGGUCUGCUCAGGAACGAGGGGGGAAGAACGGCCAGGAUAUGUGACUCUACUACUCUGAAACUGUAACAUCCAAGACGUCCUGGAGGCCUCCCAGAGCCAGACGGCCCCCCCGUCAUCAGCCCCUUUUUACUGGGGCACAUCAGUGCCUGUAAAAAACGGCACGUGCCUGUGAAAAGCCCAUUGGCAGAGCUAGUGUACCGAUACCAUGGUCGACGGUGUCUCUUAAACUACGGGGCUGGGACAAACAAUCGAGGCUUGGCAGCGUGCAGUGGGUCGGCUCCCCCGGACGCACUGAAAGGGUGAGAGAUCUUCACCGCGGUCCACGCCUCCUUGUGUGUCCAUACAGACAUGCAGGCGGAGGCGACCACCGCCGGGAACGCGACCACCGUCGGGAACGCGACCACCGCCGGGAACGCGAUGGCCUGCGCUCCUCCGUACGACCAGGCCCGUGUCCCCAUGGUAGUCCUCUACAGCGUCAUCUUCGUUGUGGGCUUCCCCGCCAACCUCCUCACCGUGUGGUUCACCUGGAGGCAGGUGCGGCGCAAGAACGUGCUGGGGGUCUACCUGUGCAGCUUGUCUGUGUGCGACCUGAUCUACCUGUCGACGCUGCCCCUGUGGGCGCUCUACUUCGACGGCUGCCACAAGUGGGCCUGGGGCUCCCGCACCUGCCAGGUCACCGGCUUCGUCUUCUACACCAACAUGUACAUCAGCAUCCUGCUGCUGUGCUGCGUCUCGUGCGACCGCUACGUGGCCGUGCGCUACGCCCUGGAGUCGCGCGGCCUGCGGCGCCCACGCGUUGCCGCGGGCAUCACGGCGGCCAUAGUGGCGAUGGUGAUGGCGGUGCACGUGCCCGUCUUCUUGAUACGCGAGGGCGAAAUGGAUCACAAAGCGGACAUGAGGUGCUUCGAGCCGGAUCACGACCCCAGCGGAACGGUCACGGCCUUCAGCUACAUGCGCUUAAUAAUGGGCUUCGUGGUGCCGCUGGCACUGCUGACCGCCUCGAACUGCGGCAUCCUGCGCGCGGUGCGCGCCAGCCACUCGCUGCAGCUCGGCCAGAAGAGGCGUGUGCGCUGGCUGGCGGUCGCCGUGGUGACGCUGUUCCUGGUGGGCUUCGCGCCGUACCACCUGGUCCUGCUGGUGCGCGCCGCCUUCUCCCACUCCCAGAACAAGGCGUUGCAAUUUGCUUUCUUCAGGUGGAUCUACGAGCCGUACUACGUGUCUGUGGGCUUCUCCACCCUCAACAGCGCCUGCAACCCCCUCCUCUACGUGCUGUCCAGCGGGGACGCGCGCGAGGAGCUGUCCCUAGUGCUGCGGGGUCAGAGCGAGGGCACAAUGGGGACAGCCUGGGGGUGUAAUGGAGAGGUGACAACACGUUCGAUACUAUAUAGAAGUGGUUCGAGGACUCAGUGCGAGGGCGGCUCAGGAACGAGGGGGGAGAGCGUUCAGUAG